AUGGCGAGGAAGAAGGUGAAGCUGGAAUGGAUAGCUAACGGCUCCGCCCGCCGGGCAACCUUCAAGAAGAGGAGAAAGGGGGUGUUGAAGAAGGUGGAGGAGCUCAGCACGCUGUGCGAUGUGAAGGCAUGCCUCAUUGUUUAUGGGCCCGGCGAGUCCCAGCCGGAGGUCUGGCCUUCGCCGCAGGAGGCUAACCGAGUUCUCGCCAAGCUCCGCCGGUUGCCGGAGAUGGAGCAGAGCAGGAAGAUGAUGAACCAGGAAGGCUUUAUAAGGCAUAGAAUAACAAAGCUGCAAGAGCAAAUUCGAAAGCAGGACAGAGAGAAUCGUGAACUAGAGACAAUGCUUCUGAUGCAACAGGGCCUGGCAGGCAAAAUAAACCUGCAGAGCAUAGAAAGCAGGAGCCUGACAAGCCUUGCAUGGCUCAUUGAGCUCAAGAUGAAGGAAGUGCGGAAGAGAUUAGAGCUCCUUCCCUUAGAGAGGGCUGCAAAGAGGGUGGAGGUGAAGCAGGAGGAGGAGGAGGAGGAGCUGCCUCCAAUGGCGGAGAUUUCGAAGGAAGAUGAGCAGGGGACGGCGGCGACGCCGGAAGGGAAGGAGAGGAAGGUGUUCGACAGGGAAGCUAUGGAGGAUCUGCAGAGGCAGGAGUGGUUCUGUGAGUUUAUGAAUCCACAGGAUGAGAUUAUGGAUAAUGAUUCUCUUUACUUUGAACAUGCAGGUCCUGCUUGGUUGGAUGAUGAUUUUCCAAAGAAUUGA